AUGAGCUCCAAAAUUUACCCCACAAUCAAGCUUGCCAGCGGCUAUGAGAUCCCUCGCUUGGGGUUCGGAGUCUAUAAGACACCAGCAGAUGAAACCGAACGAUGCUGUUUAGAAGCCUUUAAAGCUGGAUAUCGUCAUAUCGAUUCAGCCUCCAAGUAUUUCAAUGAAGCUGGCUGCGGAAACGCGAUCCGAGCCUCUGGAAUUCCACGAGAUCAGAUAUUCUUCACCACAAAAGUGGGCGGUGAUAUCACAUACGAUCAAGUCAAAGCGCAGGUUACUAAAAGCCUUGCCGAAUCGAAACUCGACUACAUCGACUUGAUGCUGCUUCAUCACCCGCGUGGUGGAUCCGAAAACCGCAAAGGCGCAUGGAGAGCCCUUGUUGAAGCUGUUGAGGAAGGAAAAGUACGCUCUAUUGGAGUCAGUAACUAUGGUGUCCAUCACCUAGACGAACUCGAGCAGCACAUAAUCGACCUCGAGACAGAACGCGCUGGCAAAGGAAGGGGCGGUAUUGUCAGCGUGAAUCAGAUCGAGCUUCAUCCAUGGCUUGCACAUAAGGAAAUUGCCGAAUGGUGUGAAAAGCGCGAUAUUAUCGUUGAGGCAUUUUGUCCGAUCGUUCGUGGUACACGCUUUGAAGAGCCUUCGGUUAAAAAACUGGCGGAUAAGUAUUCCAAGACUCCAGCUCAGAUUCUCCUUCGAUGGAGUAUUGAUAAGGGCCAUGUUCCCCUAGUCAAAAGUGUCACUCCAUCACGCAUUGCUUCUAAUGCUGAUGUGUUUGAUUUUACGCUCACGGCGGAGGAGGUCCAAGAACUUGAGACGGAUGAAUACUCUCCUGUUUCGUGGAAUCCAACUACUUCAAAACUGGAGGAAUGA